AUGUGGAUGAGGUGGAUGAGCACAAGGAGGAGGGAGGAGGUGAAGCAGCUGGGCAUAGAGGAUGCUGGAAAACCUGCCAUCUCCAUCUCUGUUGGAGCAGAAGAGCUAGUUUGUUUUCUCGUUCCCAGGGGCUCUAGUCCCCCCAGGGAGAGACUAGGGUUGGCAGCUACUUUUGAAGUUCACCUCAGCCAGGAACCCCUGGCCCUGGAGGUCCUGGAAACCUGUGUCCAUACAAGAAAUCCUUCCAGAAAUUGCCACUGCAGUGUGUUAGAUGUCCAGCUGCAUAAGAAGACAUUAAAAGAGUUCUUGUUGGAUAAUGCUUACAGCUUUAUUGUCUCCUCAGAGCUUCCCAGGAAGUUGGGCAAAAAAGCCCACCUGGCUUUCUCCUACUGUCCCGGUGGGUUCAUCCUGUCUGGUGUUUGGCCCAAGGCAUUUGUGCUCAUUGACCAAUUGGUGAGUGAUUUAAAGCCCGGCGGAGCCCUGGCCCUCACUGUCCAAAUGGCUGUUAGAGACAUGGGAGAAGAGGUUUUAAGGGUCAGGCACGGAGAACCAGAACGGACCCUGGCACUGCUAAAAGGCUGCAGGUGCAGCUGCUGCCAGUCCAGGGCCCGGGCUCUGGUUGGAGAUGACACGAUUGCUGCCAAGACCAUGGCUUAUUCAAGUCUUUCUGUGUUUGAACAAUUCACUGACAUUAAAAAUGUCCUGCAUAAGUUGUCUAAACUAUUUGUCCCCUACUGCGAGGAGCUGUUGAAAAAAGAUCGGGGUAUCCUGACCCAGGAAGAUGUCAUCGAUAUCCAGAAGGCACUGGAAAAAUGGAACCUGGGGGAAGCAGCUUCCAAGAUCAAGGAGAAACUGGAGGCCGCUGAGAAGGCCCCACUGAAUAUUGCUGUAACAGGGGAAUCUGGGUCAGGGAAAUCCACAUUCAUCAAUGCCCUGAGAGGGCUGGGGGCUGAAGAGGAGGGCUCAGCUCCCACUGGGGCGGUGGAGACCACCACGGAGCCAACCCCCUACCAGCACCCCAAAUUUCCCAACGUGAUACUGUGGGACUUGCCAAGCAUUGGGACCCCCAACUUCCAGCCGGAGGAAUACCUGAUAAAGGUGGAGUUCAAACGCUACGACUUUAUGAUCAUCAUCACCUCUGAGCAGUUCAAAUCCUGCCACGUGGACCUGGCCAGAGAGGUCCAGCGGAUGGAUAAGAAGUUCUACUUUGUCCGAACCAAGACCGACCAAGACCUGGCCAACGCCAAGAAGGGAAAGCGCAGUUCCUACAGUGAAGAGUCACUGCUGCAGCUAAUCCGGGACAGCUGCCUGGAGAGCUUGAAGAAAGGGAGCAUGAGUCACCCUCGGCUCUUCCUGAUCUCCAGCUCUGACAUGGGCCUGUAUGACUUCCACGAGCUGGAGGACACACUGGUGAAGGAGCUUCCAGCCCACAAGCGUCAUGCUUUCCUGCUGGCCAUGCCCAUUGUCUCUGAGGAAGCCAUCAAUAGGAAGAAGGCUGCCCUGCAGGAGAAGAUUGGACUGGAGGCCACAAUCGCUGCUCUACAGGCUGCCAUCCCCUUCUCAGGAAUCUUUACCCCUAGUAACCGGGAAGAGCUGGAGAAAUGUCUGCUGUAUUACCGCAGCCUCUUUGGGGUGGAUGACCUGUCCCUGGCCAAGUUGGCCGAGAAAAGGGGCAGGUCAGUUCAAGAUCUCAAGGCCAUUAUCAAGUCCCGUGACACGGAGGAGAUUCUGAAGAAUAAUAAUACCUUGGCCGAGCUUGUGAAUACAGGUACACUCAAAACCAUCCUCAGUUGCAUCCCUCUCUUAGGAAACAUUGGUGCCAGUGCCAUUGCUCACACCCAGGUCUCUGACAUCCACUGGCAUGCCCUGGACACAGUGACUGAAGAUGCCAAAAAUCUCCUAAAGGAAUUGUUGGAGAGUCUGGAUAGAGCAAGCUAA